AUAUUCUACAAGUCCAUAGGUAAGGGUCAAACCAAUGACAUCAUGAUUAAAAGAUGAGGUAAUUAACCAUCAUGCUACACUUCCUUGUUUAAAGUAUCUGAUUACAUAUCAAAUAUAUUCCAGUAUAUAUUCCCCUUUGGAAGCAUGGACAGAAGUGUCAUUUUAUCAGUAGAAGAUGUGGGGUUUAGAGUUCAUGUCCCAUGUCUAUGGUGACCACAUCCUUAGUAUCCCCACACACUCUUCCCCUUUCAUUCGCCUUCACUCGCUUCUCCAUUUCUCUUUCCUUUCAUCACCACCACAGCUCCAUUGAACCUCAAAGUGUUAAGUUAGUCUUCUUCAUAAAUCAUAACCAAAAACUCUCACUUUCUCUCACACACAAAUUAACAAGCAAAUGGCAGACAAAUACUUGCUAUGCAUUAUAGGAGAAAUGGACAGGCUUUGGUUUCAGCAAAUCAUUCUUUUCUCACAACAACCAAUUACAGCAUCAUCAGUGGCUCCUCAUGAACCUGUUGAAAUCCCUAUUCCCAUUUCAGAAUCCACUUCUUGCUCCUCAUCCAUUCUUUCUCUGCCACCUUUGCAAGACGAAGAAACUUCAACAGAUGAAUCAUCACCUUCUCCAGAGAAACAAGUCUCUUCAGAGUCAAUCUUUGUACCAAUUCAGGAUGGUUCAUUCAACAACAAAGAAGAAACCAAGGAAGGGUUUGCUAGAAUCGAUCUUUUGGAUACCAGAACUACCCAUUCAUGUUCAUCCUCGCCAUCAACUACUCAAAAACGUCACAGAAAAUUCAGAAAACCUGCUACUUCUUCUUCUACAAGGAAAUUGGACAAGUCCAUGAGCUGCAGAACACUUGGGGAACUGGAACUUGAUGAAGUGAAGGGUUUUAUGGAUCUUGGUUUCAUGUUCAAGAAAGAAUACAUAAGUCCAAGAAUGAUUAGUGUCCUCCCUGGCCUGCAGAGACUCGGUUUACACCAAAAGAAAGAGGAAAAGCAAGUAAUGGAUGAUGAUGAUGCCACAGCAAUGGUUCAAGUUCAAGGAUUAGAUAUUGAAGCAGAGGAAAAGAAAAGAGAUAUCACAAGACCAUAUUUAUCUGAAGCAUGGCUUAUAAAGAGACCUGAUUCACCUCUACUAAACUUGAAAGUUCCCAAGCAUUGUUCAGCUGACAACAUGAAGAAACAUUUGAAGUUCUGGGCUAAAACUGUGGCCUCAGAAAUCCAACAAGAAUGAGCAAGAGUCAUGAGUUUCCAGUCACGGAUAAAUGAUUAUUGUACGUUAAAAAAAAGCAGAAUAAAAAAGAUUGUGGAAAAUCAGCAAUAACUGUAAUUAAUUAAUUUCUGCCAUCUCCUUUAGCUCUUUUUGUCUCUAGGGAAUAAAAAGGAAGUGCUGGGAAGGUUCUUUCUCAUUGGAAUCAAUUGAGUUAAUGAGCAUUGUGGUUGUUGUUGUGAGGAAUACAAGUUAGGUGAAUAAGUAGCAAGAAGAUGUGCACACACAACUGAAGAUGGGCCUACUAUGAUGUGUUGUUUGACAAGUGGUGUUUCAACACUGCACCAAGCAAUUGUUGAGAGGCUUAUUUAUCAGACUGUUCCAUUGUUUUUUUGUUUGUAUGUAUGAUUGGAGAAAACAUUAUUCUGUGUCA